CCUACUGUUAAAACCGGUUUCAUUUGAUUUAUAUUUUUUUAUUUCCUCAGUAUAACCUGUCAGGCAACGCUCCGACAAUAAAAUACGUCAGUUUUGCUUCAGUGAACCAGCCACAACUGCAUCACACGGUCGUCCUAAGCCAACGGAAAAGUUCGAACGGUAACACUGUAGAAGUAUUUUGCGUUGAACUAUUACCAUCAAAUUUCUGAGCAGGGAUAAGAAGGAAUAGAUAACUUGCGAAAAUAGGAGAAAAUACCCUGACAGCCUAUUUUGAGGGAAUCAAAUUUUAGCCAGUGUUGCGUGUCACUGCCUGUGUGCGUACAGUGUUGUGAUUGGUUUACAGCAAGCUAAAGCAGUACGUUAUCUCUCUGCGACUAUAAACUGUUGCAAGUAGGCGAAAAAGAUGGCGCCUUCCCCAACAAAGAGGAAGGAGGAUGACAAGAGUAAACAGCGAGGUAAGGAGAAGUCCGGAGCCACGAAAGAAGGGACUGACAAAGACCGGGGCCGAGAGAAGAACCGUACACGGCGCAGUGCUUCCAGUGGGAGCAGCAGGUCCAGCUCCAGCUCCAGCAGCAGCUCGGGCUCCAGCUCCGGCUCCUCCAGCGGCUCCAGCUCCUCGGCCUCCAGCCACUCGGGCUCAUCCAGCUCCCGCUCUUCUUCCUCCUCGUCCUCAUCCUCCUCACCGAGCCCCAGCCGCCAGCGCCACAACAACAGACGACGCUCCCGCUCAAAGUCAAAAUCAGCAAAGAAGGAUGAGAGGGACCGACGACGUAGGAGCCCCACACCCAAACCCACCAAGGUCUACCUGGGCCGUCUGACGAGAAACGUCAUCAAGGAACACAUCCAGGAGAUUUUCUCCACCUAUGGCAAGAUUAAGAUGAUUGACAUGCCCAUGAACCGCGUCCACCCUCACCUGUCCAAAGGUUACGCCUACGUGGAGUUUGAGACACCCGAAGAGGCGGAGAAGGCCCUGAAACACAUGGACGGAGGUCAGAUUGACGGUCAGGAGAUCACAGUCACAGCCGUGCUGACUCCCACAGUGCGCCCUCCCCCUCGCAGGCUGUCCCCUCCCCGCAGGAUGCCUCCUCCACCCUCGAUGUGGCGACGCACUCCACCUCGGAUGAGGAGAAGGUCUCGGUCUCCACGGCGACGCUCUCCAGUACGGCGCAGAUCUCGAUCCCCUGGCCGCCGACGUCACCGGUCACGCUCCAGUUCUAACUCCUCCCGCUAGUGAUUGCGGGAAAACCACGCCCCCCACCCCCCCAGAUCUGCUCCUCCACUGUGUCCUUUUGAUCAGUGUGACCAAGCAAACAUGGAAAAAAAAUACAAGGUUUUAUGGUUAAGGGUGAUGAGAGCAUGGACAUCCAAAUCAUUACUGUUUCACUCGGUAGAUUGUUUGAACCAGUGUUUGAUGCUAACGUGAGAGCGUGCGCUGUAUUACAUUGCCUGUAUUAAACAGGCAAGCUCUGUCUGAAAGACAGAAAGAAAAAUCUUUUUAGCAGCUCUAAAGCUAAAUGGUAAUAUUAAUCUUAAAUAAUACGUUAUUGGUGGUGGUGGAGAAAUGGAUUUAUAAUUCUAUAAAUAACUUGCUGUACGUAACUGCUAGAUCUGCUCUACAUGUUUCAGCUAGAACGGCCUUCCAUGGGUCAUGUGGGUGGAGAAAGUGGUUGUUCAGCGGAGACAUCACUGUGUAGCGGCUGGAUAUGAGGUACUGGUAGCAAUUUUUGGGAGUUUAAAAUAUCUGAUAAAGAUACAUCUGCCGAUAGUAUUAAUAAUCAAACAAUCUUGAUACAGAUCCCUAAGAUUUUUUUUUUUUUUUUUUUUUUAAAUUGUUAUCAAGGUACAUGCUAAAGAGGACAUUUUACAAUGUAAAAAUAAAGGUGUCAGUGCUCCCUGAUGGACACACUACGACAGACUGUUUGCAAAUGACCUAAAAUCUAGCUUUCAAUUUCUGCACAUCAAUUUCUUGUUACCUAUGGGCUGACACACACACACACCGAUACCGGUAUAUCCGCGAUGAGCUAACAUUAGCAGAUCUAUUAGUCUAGCUCUUCUGGUACGUGUACCACAAGUAUGCACAGGUGAAGGCUAAAGAUAUAUUUUUACUGUAAGUGCUAAAAUGGCCUGCUUUAGUAGAAAUUGCUUACACCAGUUGAGUUAGUCCUACCACUAUAUCAGUGAUGUGCUGGAAAGACACCAGUACGGAGUUGACAUUUCAUUUAAAAAAAUGUAUUGCUCCAAAAGCCAUGUAAUAAACCCUGAAGACAGUAGCCAAGUUUCCAUACAAAUUAGCGCAAAUUUUAAAUACAUUUCCUGAAACUCUGAAAAAGAAAUUCCAAAAUUAAUGCACGUUUCCAAACACUACUGCAAUGUGAAUAUUAGGAGUUGGGCAAACUGAGAUAAACGUAAUUGACGCAAAUUUGUUUUUAUUGAUACCUCUUUUUUUCUUUGUUUUUUUUAUAUAUGUAAAUUGAAAAUGCAAAUAAGGGAUGGAAAAUGGAUGGAUUGAGAAACGUGUUUUAUUAUCACCUACCAUCAUCUGUUGAAGUCGUGUUAGCACGGAGCAAAUCAUCUGCUGGGAAUACAUGAUUGGUUCUCGUGUCUGUGCUCUCAUCACUGAACCAGUAAACUGACUGAUGACUUAAAGACAGACUUGAAAUAAAUCCUACAGUGGAAUAUGUCAGUCAGCGUUCUCUGAAAUCCAUCUGGCAGAUCCAAGAUGUCCAAUAUUAGUGACGUCAAGUGCCAUUUUAAAAAAUUUCAGAUUUUGAAUUGUGCUACUGGUCAUACUUAAAGUAUAGAUCAAUACCGAGUUUUAAAACAAGCCCCACUGUACCCCUCCUCCUCAGCUAAGGGCCACACAGUUAAUCUGCGUAUAUGUAAAUGACAGAUAACAAAAUAACAGAAGAACCAUAGAGUUCAGUUGCCUGCAGUGACAGGCAGUCUGCUGACUCCCAUACUGUUCAUUUUUCGGUUGGGAUUGGACUGAAACACCUGUGUUAGACAUAUGACGUCGUUAUUGCAACUUUCCUUCUCGUCCUGACACAAUUAGCUGAGUCUGCGACUGAUGCUCCAGCAUCACAGCUCAUAGUAAAUCACAAGUACAAAGGCAGCUAUACACGUGAGUCGUAUUGCGUAACAUGCCAGUUAACAAUAUAUGUCUCCUUUUAAGAUAAGUCCAAAAAUUCCAGUCAUUACAAACAGGUCAGAGUGUCACUGCCUGGAUUACUGGUGCGUCAGGAAUUUCCAUUUCUGUUUUCCACCUGUUUUUUAUACGUCACACUGUGAACCUCUGAUUCAGACGUUUGUGGUUUUAGUUUUGGCACUGAGAGUUGUGUUAUAUCCUGUCCUCAGUGGUGGGCUGAUGAAACCUGCAUGACUAUGUUUGUGCGUGUGUCUCAUUUUGUAUCGCUGGCUUACUGUGCCGUUCAGUCCAACUCGCGGCUUGACAAUAAAGGUCACGGUUUGAACACA